CGACACUAUACUUUGACAGUUGUCCAUCAACAAUAAUAAACUUUUUGACGCAAAUAAUUUUCCCAAGUUCUUGCUUGAUUUCGCGGUGCAAAAAUGCCCGUUUAGAAUAAUUUUUCCUCUCUCAAAUGGAAUUCUACGCCACGAUCUGUCGGCUGUGCGAGGCCACGGACAAGUUGGACGGCAAGUGGGCCAACCUGUUUGCGGCCGAGCACGAACCGCUGCUGAAACGAAUCCGGUCGCUGACCACUAUCGAGAUUCACUGGAAUGACCAGCUUCCAAAGCGAAUCUGUGGCCAGUGUCAAACCAGCCUGGAGCAGGCCUACAACUUCAAGCUGCAGUGCGAAAUCACGAACAAAAAGCUGCGCCAUGAGAUCGAGUUUCUCGAGAAGAACGACUGGAACACGAAGCUGCCGAUUCCGCCAAUCGAUUUGGGUGGGCUGGACGUCAAGCCGGAAACCUCACCGGCCAAAAGGGAAAUCAUCGCGGAACCACUCAGUAUCAAGUCGGAACUGAGCGACGAUGAGCAGCAGCAGCAGCAGCAAAUCGAUGACCAGGAAGACGCCAGUUACUGCAUGUCCAAGAUUGAGACCAUGUUCGCAUCGGACGACGACGCUGAUGACCGUGAUGGUUCCGAUGGGAGUCGCUCCCUGUCGGAGAGCUCGACCGAAUCUUCCUCCUCCUCCGAAGAUGACGACGAUGACGAUUCGGAAGACUCCGAACCCAAGCAUAAACGGAAACGCGGUCGCCCAAGAUUGUCCAACAAGUCCUCGGGAAAGCCGCGCUCAAGCGUGUGUGACACGUGCGGCCAGCAGUUCGCGAAGCCCAAGCUGAUGUACGCCCACGUGCGAUCUGCCCACGGAGACCGUCGGUUCAAGUGUCGCUUUUGUCCGAAAACGUUCGUCCGGAACGCCCGCCUUAAGGAACACGAACGUCAGCACACCGGUGAGCGGGACUUCCAGUGUGAGCAGUGCGAACGCAAAUACCCGACGGCACGCGGCCUCAAGGUUCACAUGGAGGACAUUCACAGCGAGAAUCUCCCGUACGUUUGUGAUAAGUGCGGCAAGGGCUUCGCCAAAGAGGGCAAACUUCGCCAGCAUUACAGCGCCCAUCUGGACAUCCGGAAGUACGUGUGCUCGGUGUGUUCGAAAGGGUUCAAAACGAGGACGAAUCUGAACCUGCACGUGCAGAUUCAUCUGCCGCCGGAUCAACGGAAAAUGCGGAAACGGGAAAACCAGCACAAGGUGUGCAUCUGUCCGUUCUGUGGGAAGGUGUCGACCUCGCUCGGCACGCACAACAUGCACAUCCGGACGCAUACGGGCGAACAACGCUACGAGUGCCAGAUCUGCCAGAAGCGGUUCACCUCGUCCGGCUCGCACCAGAAGCACAUGCGCGUCCACUCGGGCGAGAAACCCUUUGUUUGCGAAUUUUGCCAGAAAUCCUUCCGCCAGAAGCACCAUCUCACCACGCACAUGCGAGGCGUCCACAAGAAUGAAAACCCGGAGGCGUUCGUCCGGCCGGGCAUUUGUGGCCGGCCGCGUGGUGUGGCGGCUAAAACGCCCGGAACGACGGCGGUUCCGGCGGUCACACCGGAAGUGGUUCCACAGCCAUCGGUAGCGGUUGGUGAGGUGUCGACCUGACUGACGAACAGUUCCCGGCACCUGAUCGUGAAGAAGUCGAGACUAUGGAAGAGAGCAUCUGUCUAGAGAGCUUAAGAGGAAAAACUAUCUUAUAAGCGAGAUACCUUCUAGACGGAAUAGGUGUCGACCUAUUAUAGACGCAAGCAAGCCGGAUUGAACCGACAACGACACAGCAAAGAGUUCCAGACGUAUCCGGAAGACCCUGACAUCUGAUCGAAUGCAACACUUCACAAAGCUGACUUUGUACAAGACACUGAUUAAACCGGUUGUGACAAAAUAAUAACCGUUCUUUCGGAAGGUGCUACAAACGAUCUGCAGUUGAGUUUUUAAGUAGAUCUCCGAAUGAGUGACGAAGGCGCAUGAACCAUGAAGUGCAAGCUUUGCUUGGUAGGAUUUCUUUGCCUUUGAAACAAUCAGAGAAUCUUAUUUGGGAACUGUCAAAUAAACUGCCGAAUGAGCAAAGUUCGGCUAAA